AUGCGUUCCUCCAUUCUCGCUCUGGCCCUGGCCCUCGCCGGCCAGCAGGUCGCUGCGCAGGUGCCUGCCGGCUUCGCCACGACCAAGGGCAACAAGUUCCAGGUCGACGGCAAGGAUUUCAUCUUCGCCGGUAGCAACGCCUACUACUGGCCCUUCAAUGUGUUCUACCGUCUGCCCGCCAUCAAGACGGCCUUCAAGAACUACGUCUCCACCGUCGUCGGCCGCUACAAGAACUCCCCGGCCAUCUUUGCCUGGGAGGUGGCCAACGAGGCCCGCUGCGGCGCCGAUGGCACCCGCAACCUGCCCCGCGGCCCGGCCUGCACGACCGACCUGAUCAUCGACUGGCUCGACGAGAUGUCGACGUACAUCAAGUCCAUUGACGCCAACCAUCUCGUGACCACUGGUACCGAGGGUCACUUCAACCGCGCCUCAUCCGACUGGGCGUACAACGGCUCCGACGGCAACGACUUUGACGCCGAGCUCGAGCUCCCCAACGUCGACUUUGGCACCUUCCACUCGUACCCCGACUGGUGGUCCAAGACGCCCGCCUGGACCGACACUUGGAUCGUCGACCACGCCGUCGCCGCCCGCGCCGCCGGCAAGCCCGUCAUCCACGAGGAGUACGGCUGGCUCACGCCCUCGAAGCGCCAGGAGUACCUCGGCCAGACCAGCCCCUUCGGCCGCGUCGAGGUCCUCUCGCGUUGGCAGGACAUUUCCCUGCGCGAGGAGAUGCCCGACCUCUACUGGCAGUUUGGCUUUGGCGGCUACUCGUACGGCAAGAACCACGACGACGGCUUCACCAUCUACCUCGAGGACGCCGAGGCCCAGCCCCUCGUCUUCCAGCACGCCGCCCGCGUCAACGCCCUCUACGGCAGCCCCCAGCCCACGACCACCGUCGCCCCGCCCGCGCCCACGACCACGAGCCGGCCCGCUACCACCAGCACGUCUAGGCCCGCUACCACCAGCACCUCCAGGCCUGCUACCACGACCAGCACCGUCGCCCCGCCCACCACCACCACGGCGCCCGCCGGCCCUACCCAGGUCCGCUGGGGCCAGUGCGGCGGCCAGGGCUGGACCGGCCCCAAGGUCUGCGCGGCGCCGUACACGUGCCAGGUGCAGAACGCUUGGUACUCGCAGUGCCUUUAA